ACUUCUCCAAGAACUAGUCCAGGAACUUAUUGUCUCAGAAGGGUCUAUGUAGUUUACAAAUAAGGAUUAGGAUGGUAACAUUUGACCGUUUGUGUCAAGGAUAGACAAACAGACAGAAGAAAUCUCAAUGAUUUAAAUGUGUCAGCAGGGUUUUGUGUUUAAGCUGUGAAGGGAAGUGAUUAUUUACAUCUAUGAAAUAAUGGCUGUUAACGUGCCUAAAGAUAAGUACAAUGCUGUCUGGCUGAUUUUCUUCAUGUUGGGGAUCGGCACUUUACUGCCAUGGAACUUCUUCAUGACUGCAACCAUGUAUUUUACUGGUCGCCUGAAGGAACCUGCCACUUCUGACAUUGAAAACCCUUUUGUGAAUGAAACUGGGAGCAAUUUCGACACUCGCAGUGUUUUGGAAGCAAAGUUUAAUAAUGUGAUGACCCUGUGCUCUAUGGUGCCAUUGCUAGUGUUCACCUGCCUCAACUCAUUCCUGCAUAGCUUGAUCCCACAAAUGUUUCGUGUCAUGGGCAGCUUAACAGUGAUCUUGGUUGUAUUUUUAAUAACGGCCAUACUUGUGAAAGUUGAAAUUGCACCCCUCUCCUUUUUCUCCUUGACCAUGAUUAAGAUUGGCAUCAUAAACUCGUUUGGAGCCAUCCUACAAGGCAGUCUCUUUGGCAUGGCCGGUUUACUGCCUGCUUCCUACACUACACCCAUCAUGAGUGGACAGGGACUUGCAGGCUCAUUUGCAGCCUUCUCUAUGAUAUGUGCCAUAGCAAGUGGCUCUGAAAUACAGGAUGCCGCUUUUGGAUACUUCAUAACCGCCUGUGCUGUAAUUUCUUUGUCCAUUCUAUCCUACGUUGCCCUGCCAAAAAUGGAGUUCUUCCAAUACUACCAGGAAAGCAACAGAGACAGCCUGCCUAGAGAUAUAGACAUUGAUUUGAUCAAGAAGGAGAAUACUGGUGACUCAAGACCAGUGGAGCAGAAUGCAAAACCAAAAGUUUCUAUCACUGCCAUUUUCAAAAAGAUCUGGGUAUUGGCUCUUGCUGUGUGCUUUGCCUUCACCAUAACCAUUGGCACAUUCCCUGCUGUCACUGCUGAUGUGAAGUCAUCCAUCGCCAAGGGAGGCUCCUGGGAGAAGUAUUUUAUUCCUGUGUCAUGCUUUCUGCUCUUCAACUUGUGUGACUGGGCUGGGAGGAGUCUCACAGCAGUGUGUAUGUGGCCUGGGAAAGACAGCAUUCUGCUCCCUCUGUUCAUCGUGGCCCGGGUGGUCUUUGUGCCACUUUUCAUGCUUUGUAACGUCCAGCCACGUUAUAACUUGCCAAUUUAUUUUGAGCAUGACGCCUGGUUCAUUGUCUUUAUGAUCUUCUUUGCCUUCUCCAAUGGAUACCUGGCCAGUCUUUGUAUGUGCUUUGGACCAAAGAAAGUUCCUAAUCACGAGGCAGAGACUGCAGGUGCCAUUAUGGCCUUCUUUCUUUCCUUGGGUUUGGCGCUUGGAGCUGCUCUCUCCUUCCUCUUCAGAGGCCUGGUCUGAUAGUAUUCUUGAUUAAUGCUCACUGAGAGGAAUUAUGAACCCUCUUUCUUGCCGCCAAAUAGCUUCAGAUUUGAUCUCUUCUGAUAAACCAUGGCAAU